AUGGGAGCAGCAGGACAAAAGAGAGGACUCUUUCUCUGCAUCAUGUUGGUUUGUUGGGAGCAGGUUUCAGCACAGAUAAAAUAUUCCAUCGCAGAGGAAGUCAAAGCGGGAACCGUGGUAGGGAAUGUCGCUAAGGAUCUUGGACUGGACAUCGGCACAUUGGUGGAGAGACAUUUUCGCCUUGUCUCAGGCACAGAGGGUGCUCAAUUUGAGGUAAAUGUGAACAAUGGCGUUCUGUUUGUGCAUAAACGUCUCAACCGAGAGGAUCUCUGUGAGGGCAUGUCGCCCUGUGUAGCCAACCUGAAAUUAGUUGCAGAGAAUCCUAUGGAAAUACAUCAUGUUGCUGUAGAAAUUAUGGAUAUUAAUGACAAUUCACCUAUAUUUAAAGAAAAAGAAUUCAUUUUAGAAAUAUCUGAGUCCACUUUACCGGGUAGGCGCUUUCAGUUACCUAAUGCACACGACCCAGAUGUUGUCAUUAAUACAGUGCGUUUGUAUAAAUUAAAUACAAAUGAAUAUUUUAGUGUACAAAUUAAAGAAAUAGGCGAAGACAAGGUGCCACUUUUAGCUUUACUAAAGUCUCUGGACCGAGAAAAACAUCCCAAGCAUAGUCUUGUUCUUACUGCAGUUGAUGGUGGAAAUCCACCUAGAUCUGGCUCUCUUAAUAUUACCAUUUUAGUGCUGGAUUCUAAUGAUAAUCCCCCGACAUUUACACAAGAUGUCUAUUCUGUAACUCUAUCUGAAAAUGUAAAACCCACCACACUCGUAAUUCAGGUGAAAGCAACUGAUCUGGAUGAUGGAUUAAACAAAGAUAUUGAAUAUUAUUUUGGUGGGCAACUUGAAUCUAGAAUAGAUGAAUUGUUUAGUUUAAAUAAAAACACUGGUGAAAUAAAAUUGAAGGGUCAGUUGGACUAUGAGAAGGCUGAUGUUUACAAAUUAGAUGUCCACGCUACAGACAAAGGACAACCUCCUAUGAGCACCAAUUGCAGGGUGAUGAUUAAAAUUGUUGACGAAAAUGACAACCAACCAGAAAUAGAUGUGACUUCUCUGUCAAAAACUGUAGCGGAAGAUUCCAAACCUGGGACUGUCAUUUCUCUCAUAAGCAUCACAGACAAAGAUGUUGGAAUGAAUGGCAAAAUCAUAUGUACUCUUUCACAAAAUGUUCCCUUUGAAUUAAAACCUUCAUAUCAAGAUAACAUGUACUCACUGGUAUUGAAAGAAAAACUAGAUCGAGAAUUAAUUUCAGAUUAUGACAUCACAAUCAUGGCUACGGACUGUGGUAAACCUCCUCUUUCCACAUUUAAAAAUAUUCAUAUUGACGUCGAAGAUGUGAACGAUAAUAUUCCAACUUUUUUGCACAAUCCAAUUCAACUUUAUUUGUUGGAAAAUAACAUGCCAGGGAAGGGCAUUUUUUCUGUCAAUGCUUUCGACAAAGAUUUGAAUGAAAACGCAGCCUUGACAUAUCACAUUAACAGAGGAGAAGGAAGUGAAGUUAAAAUGUCUACAUUUUUAAACAUCAAUCCUGAGACUGGUGUUGUAACAGCACUAAAAAGUUUUGACUUUGAGACACUAAAAACUUUCCAUUUCCAAGUGGUGGCCACAGAUGGCGGAAGUCCUCCACUGAGCAGCAGUGUUACAGUGAACGUGUUCAUUCUAGAUGAGAACGACAAUGCUCCAGUCAUCCUGUAUCCUGUCAGCUCCAAUGGUUCUGCUGAAGGUGUGGAGGAGAUUCCACGCAACAUGAAAGCAGGAGACUUGGUGACUAAAGUCAGAGCCUCUGACGCUGAUAUAGGAUAUAAUGGCUGGCUACUCUUUUCACUUGGGCAAGUCACUGACCACAGCCUCUUUUCUUUGGACCGUUAUACGGGCCAGAUCCGAACACUUCGCUCCUUUACAGAGACAGACGAGGCUGAGCAUCGACUGCUCAUACUGGUCAAAGACAAUGGCAACAUUUCACUCUCAGCAACAGCUACUGUGACUGUCAAACUCGUGGAGCCCAAAGAAGCUUUUGCAGCUUCGGAUGUCAAAAGUGCAGCAAAAUUGGACCAGGAGGAGGACAAUGUUACUUUUUAUCUCAUCAUUACUUUGGGCUCGGUCUCGCUCCUUUUUGUCAUCAGCAUAAUCGUGCUGAUCGCCAUGCAGUGUUCAUCCAGGUCCACAGAGUACACUUCUAAAUAUCUCCAAGACACUAACUAUGAUGGCACACUGUGCCACAGCAUCCAGUACAGAUCUGGAGAUAAACGCUACAUGUUGGUUGGACCCAGAAUGAGUAUCGGUUCUACCGUAGUCCCGGGAAGUCACGCCAACACUCUGGUGCUCCCUGACAGGAGGCACACUUCUGGGGAGGUAAGAUAUGUAUACAUAUUUAUCUUUAUGUGUCUGUGUGUGUGA